AUGGUACCAAGUGGGCUAUUAAGAAGACAAAUAGAAAUGACAUUAUGGAUUAAGAGUCGGAUGGAGCUAGAGGUAGAUCUCGUGCAGAUUAUCUUUGGAGAAGUCUGUAUGAAUACUAUCGCGCUGGAGGCUCGUUUGAUAGCAACUUGCUAUUUCGGCAACCCUGAGGAAGUGGCUAUCACGGCGGAUGGUAACUACUGUCAGGUACUUGGCUCUGCAGAGGAUUUUCAGUUCCUUCCUCUGUAUGCAGAUGUUAAAGAAGCCAUCUUUCAGCGACUGCAGGAAGGAUAUAAUAUGAGAAGUGUACGUUUUGCUUUGCAUAGAGCAUUUCGCUCUCAAAAUGAAGCUGCGGUAUUUGAAAAGGCCUACAGGAGGCAUGACGAUCAGAAAGCCUCUGUCAAACUAUGGUUGAACCACUUGGAAUCAAAAAAUUACAAUGUAUACAUCGACAAUGGCUACGACAGUUCAUUCACCUUUGAGUUCUGUUCAAGUUAA